AAAGGGAGCAGGGACCCCAAGCUCCACAGGAACGUUGCGCACAGGCGGUGCGGCGUUCUCUGCAAGGCUGCUACAGUCUCGCUCUCCAAUCCGGCCGCCAACCCAAGCCAGCCCCUUGUUGCACGAGGGUGUGCGCGCCCGCGCGCUCCACCGCUUGUAACCAUAACCGAGUGAGGUGGAGGCUUUGGUCUUAGAAAGAGCAGGCUUCUAGAACUCACCGCUCAGGCCAGCCCGCGCUCAACCGGGCCCCGCAAGCUGCAGUCAGCCCUGGAGGGGGCGCCCUCGCUGAGUGCGCGCCCUGCGCCGCCGCCACGGGCUCCUCCCCGGCGCCGCCGGCAGGUUCGCCCAGGCGGCCGCGGGCUCCGGCUCCCGGCCCGCUCCCCCUGGGCGGGCGGCUCGGGCCUGCGGGGCGCCCCGCCCCGCCCCGUUGCACCCUCCCCGCUGCGCAACUGGACUCAAGUUGGAAGCCGAGCCCGAGCGGCUGCACUUGCGCCAAGCGCACCGCGGCGGCGGCGAAGACGCUGCACCCGCGAGCGGGGAGGGCGAGGCGGCGCCCGCACGGCCGAACGCGGACCACGGGGGGCGCCCGCACCCGGAGCAGCAGGAGGACAGCUGGUGUAGGCGCCGAGCCCGGCAAAGUAAAGUUGCAGUCGGAGGUUGGGCGCGGGGGCCCGGAAGAGCGGCAGCCCGCGCCCUGGUUCGCCUAGCCUCAGCCAGGAGGAUGGGAAGGAGAUUGUCCGUGCUGCCUCCUGGAGCCUGCAGCCCAGUCGGGAACCCGGACCGUGGAGCAGCUAGCGUGCGCCUGCUUGGACACCGCAUCUCCGUGGGCUGGCGGCCCGGGCGCUCCUACUGAACCCAGGCCGAGGGCGGGGCCGCGCGAGGACCCGGGACCUACCCCCCUUCCCCCCACCGCCGCGUCGCCGAGCUCUCCGGGCACCUCCAGCUCUGCACUUACGCGCGCGGCAGCUGCGGGGAGCCCGGCAGCCACGCUCUCCGGUGCGCCGCCCGCCCGCCGGGCCACCACGGCCGAGGGCCGGCUCCUGGGCUUCGCGGCCCCCAGCAGGCACGCCGGGGGAGCAGGCGGCGAUGCGGACGCCGACCCUGGCUGGGGGGCGCCCGAGCUGCCGCGGCUGCGCCCCGGCUCCAGGCAGGACCGCGUAGCUCGCGGGAGGACCAUGGCGUCCCCAGCGCUGGCCGCGGCGCUGGCGGUGGCAGCGGCUGAGGGCCCCAACGGGAGCGACGCGGGCGAUUGGGGUAGCGGCGGGGGUGCCAACGUCUCGGGGACUGACUGGGGGCCGCCGCCGGGCCAGUACUCCGCAGGUGCCGUGGCGGGGCUGGCAGCCGUGGUGGGUUUCCUCAUCGUUUUCACCGUGGUGGGCAACGUGCUCGUGGUGAUCGCUGUGCUGACCAGCAGAGCGCUGCGCGCCCCGCAGAACCUCUUCCUGGUGUCUCUGGCCUCAGCUGACAUCCUGGUGGCCACACUGGUCAUGCCCUUUUCGCUGGCCAAUGAGCUCAUGGCCUACUGGUACUUCGGGCAAGUGUGGUGUGGUGUGUACCUGGCACUGGACGUGCUCUUCUGCACCUCGUCCAUCGUUCACUUGUGUGCUAUAAGCCUGGACCGCUACUGGUCGGUGACGCAGGCGGUAGAGUACAACCUGAAGCGCACGCCACGCCGUGUCAAGGCCACCAUCGUGGCCGUGUGGCUCAUCUCGGCUGUCAUCUCCUUCCCGCCUCUCGUCUCCUUCUACCGACGGCCCGACGGCGCCGCCUACCCGCAGUGCGGCCUCAACGAUGAGACCUGGUACAUCUUGUCCUCCUGCAUAGGCUCCUUCUUCGCGCCCUGCCUCAUCAUGGGCCUGGUCUAUGCACGCAUCUACCGCGUGGCCAAGCUGCGCACGCGUACGCUCAGCGAGAAACGUACCCCCUCUGGCCCCGACGGUGCGUCCCCGACCACAGAGAACGGGCUGGGCAAGGCAGCGGGGGAGAACGGGCAUUGCGCGCCCCCGCGCACUGAUGUGGAGCCAGAUGAGAGCAGCGCGGCAGAGAGGCGGAGGCGCCGGGGCGCGCUGCGCAGAGGAGGGCGGCGGAGAGAGGGAGCCGAGGGGGACAUGGGCAGUGCAGACGGACAGGGACCGGGGCUGGCGGCCGAGCAGGGCGCUCGGACAGCGUCUCGGUCCCCAGGACCUGGCGGGCGCCUGUCACGAGCAAGCUCGCGCUCCGUCGAGUUCUUUCUGUCGCGCCGGCGCCGGGCGCGCAGCAGCAUGUGCCGCCGCAAGGUGGCCCAGGCGCGCGAGAAGCGCUUCACCUUCGUGUUGGCGGUGGUCAUGGGCGUGUUCGUACUGUGCUGGUUCCCCUUCUUCUUUAGCUACAGCCUGUAUGGUAUCUGCCGCGAGGCCUGCCAGUUGCCAGAACCGCUCUUUAAGUUUUUCUUCUGGAUCGGCUACUGCAACAGUUCGCUCAAUCCGGUCAUCUACACCGUCUUCAAUCAGGACUUCAGGCGCUCUUUCAAGCACAUCCUCUUUCGAAGGAGGAGAAGGGGCUUCAGGCAGUGACCCUCAGGCCUCCUGGCACUGACCUCCUGGACAGCUCCGAACUCGGGCCGGCAGAGGGACCAAUCAGGGGUGGCCUCUCCAGAGUUCCAGGAGUGGCCUGGAAUUCAGGGCGCAGUGUGGAAUGUAGCCAGCAGGAGCUGGGCGAGAGACAACUGGGCCUCGGGGAGUGGGGAGGAGAAAGGGAGACCCCUUUGCCUUCCCAUCUCAGCGAGUGGCUGUGGCUAGGUUGUGGAUCCAGUUCCUGAGAGAGCCUCUGUGGAGUGUGACUGUGAAGUUAGGGUUUUAGACGGCAGACAACUGCAGCAAGAAAGGACACCCCCCCCAACUCUCAGCGUUCCCUGUGAUCAAGGACUGACUUCCUAUGACCUAAAAAGCGUCUAUCUGGGGGAGGAGAGAGGGUGCAGACAAUCUCUGGUUACUGAGAGUAUUUGUUUGCCAAAAACGAUGACAGCCAAAACAACCAAACCAUUUUCUAAAUAAACCUUUGUAAUCUAA